UUCAGGCUCCUGUCAAUAGGUAAUGCCUUUCACUGACUGCUCACAACGGUGGGGACUCUUCUCCUUUUUGAAACACCGGCUUGUGCAAUAACCCAGCAGACUGUUGUAUGCUGGACUGGACAUAGAAUUCCAUGUCAAAGAAGUAUAGCGGGCAAACGUGAAGACAAGUAAAAGAAUACAGUGGACAUGAAUGAAGUGAUAACUUUACAUUAAAGAAGAAGAAAAAACAAAAGGAUACAAUAAGACUGCUGUAAGCCAGGUAGACUGGCAUAGUGGGCAUCUUGGACACUGACAAGACACAAAUACUCUCCUCUUCUAUGGACAUCCCAUUGACCUUUGUCAACUCAUUUGAUCCGCUCUCCAGGGUAACCUGCUGAACUUCCUACUAACAAACUCGGAACAACUUUGCUCUAGUGAAUAUUUCAAAGUCAAGUGACAUCUGACUUGAAGAGUGACAUUCCUUCUGCAGCAGAUUUCAGAGAUUAAACUUGUGCAACCCAGAGAUAACAGUAAACCUCCAUUGGAUAAAGCAGAGGCUUAAACGCAUUGUGCCUCCACUCCUUGUGAAUCACACUUGUAAUUUUACUCAGAAGCUGCCCCAUAUUCAACAUGGGCACAUUUAUUGGACAUAUUUCUCCUGGGCUGGCAUUCCUGUCUUUUGCUUUCUUGUAUGCUAUUCGCUACUCCUGGAUGGUCCUGAAUGGAUGCAAGAUUCAGUAUGCCCCCCGCACCAAGACCAACCCAAAGUUUUGGAAGACUUUGCCCAUAGAGGCCAUAAUGAAGCUAAUUUAUUCUUUCCUGGCUGUUUUGGCUGAGUUCUUCUUUCCUCCAGGAGUACAGAAGCUGCGAUUUUUCCGCUCAGAUGACCCCGAGUAUCACUUUCAGAACCCUAGUGAGUGGCAGCAUGUCAACAUGUAUGGCUCCUUCUUUGUAAGUGGAAUCCUAGACAUAGUGAGUCAGUCCUGUCUGCAGAAGCGAUAUCCACUGCUUGAACAUGUAGGACUCACUUAUGCUUUCUUCAUCACAACCCUCUUACUGAAGUUCCAUGGUCAUGGCAAGGAAGCAGUGGAAGUGCAUGUCCACCAACUGCUACUGCUCACUGUUGGCAUAAAUUGUGCCAUAAUGGUUUUUGAGAUCUGGCAGCCAAACCAUCGCAAACUCUGGUUUACCAAGGCAUGGUUAGUGACUGUGCAAGGAACUUGGCUGCUUCAUGCUGCUUUUAUCUUGUAUCGACCUCCAACAGGGCAUAUUUGGAACUCAGCAGACCCUGUGGACCUCAUGUUUCUCACAACUUUCUACAGCUGGCAUCUAACCGCAGAUGCAGGGCUAGUGGCCCUUAUCUUCUGGCUAACAAGUAUUGUGCACAGACGUUGGGGUAGCAGACUAGAAAAAGAUGACUAUCAACUGGCUGGGGAUAAAGACGAGUUGGCAAAACUCACUGGAGGAGAAGAUGAUGAAGAAUUGUAAUCUGUGUGAUUGAAAUCUUAAUUGUAUUGUCCUCACUGAUGUCUGUUUCACAAUAAAUUUCCUGUUACAAUGA